AUGGCCAUGGUACAAUCCUUAGAAGAGUCGGCUUCGUCAGAAUCGCUUUGGAGACACCUGCGUGACCAUCAUGGAAUAAGCAAGACAGAUUCACAGCGGCGAUUGUUAACAGAUCCAUCGUUCAACAUCCCCGCGAGAAUAACCGAUCACCCUUCCACCCCAACGGAAUCAAAACUCGCUUCCGGUCUACUCUACAACGAUGUCGCAGUUGAACACUCCGGCCGGGGGAUUCAACUGACGGUUAACGAGCAACAAUGCCUGAUCAGUUUGUGUAGAAGUAUGAUGGACCAUUACGAACUAGGUCACUACCCCAAAAGUUUCUGGAUUCGAAUCUCCACGGCACUACAGGAGCAAACUGGCCGCCGAUACUCAUGGCAGUCAUGUCGACGACGCAUUAUCGGCUAUAUCACGAAACGCAAGGCAUACUGGGCCGCUUACAAAUACAAUCAGAUCCCGGAGUGUGACAUACACAGCGACGUCGCAGAGGACAUUGAUUCCUGGAUGGGCUCAUGUGAUAAAAAGCUGGGACGGCCUGUGCGCCAUGAAGUCGCCCUGAAAGCGGCCGAGAAACCCGAAGAAGCCCCGCCACUUCGGGUAUCAGUUCAACAACUGAUAAAGUACACUCGGGUUUCAAAUUGGGUGGAAAGUCUUCCGCCACCCGCAGAGAUGGACCCUUUACCAACGAAAUUCGGCAUUCCUUCAUUGAGCUGGUGCCCUCCCUUCUCCAGUCACCAGUCAUUGUCUCAUUCCCAAUCUCCGAGCCAGUCACCGGUGCUCAACGAGAUCUCUAUGUACCGUCAGCGGGCGGGCGCUCCUCGUGGUAUCCAUCUCGCACCGUCGAACACUCCCUCCUACAGAGGGCAACCUACAGAGCAACAAGAGAGACCGAAACUCCCUCCAUUAACCAAUAGCGCGGUUCAAACUCAGGCUUCUCCAGGUGCUGUCCCUGAGACAUCUCACAAUACUCAGACUAGCAACAAACGACCUCGUGAUGACGAUGACGACGGUGAUGCAGCCCGUGAUCAUCCCGCUCGCCGUCUACGCCAAGACGAGCCCAGCCAUCCAUCGGGCACCGUAACUCUAAAUCAGGAAUCCGCAGUGAACGACAUAAAAGCCGUAGACAGCUCCGUCGAGAACACUUUUGGCAAACUCUGGGAGCGAGUUGCACCACUUUUCAAGGAUCCCGUUUUGGCCCAGGGUCCCGCGGCGAUGAAAUCCGAGUCCAUCAUGCGCGAUCUAUUCAGCGAAAUUGGAACGGCUCUAACCAAAGCAUUUACGAGAAUGAGAGAAGACAAUGACGAACCUCAGAAGAUGUGA